GAAACACACACACGCACGCGCGCGCGCGCGAGCUGCUCCUUCCGUUCCGCGCUCAGCACUCAAAGCGGACGCUGCUGUCAGAGUCGGGUCUUUUGCAGUUUCUUCUCUGGAUUGAGCCGUUUAAAAGUCACGUUUUGUUUCGACUUUACGGUAUGCUGGGAGCCGUGAAGAUGGAAGGACACGAACACUCGGACUGGAGCGCUUAUUACGCAGAACCCGAGUGCUACACCCCGGUGGGAAACAUGAGCGGCGGACUGAAUUCGGUGAGCGCCUACAUGAGCUGCGCGGGCGGCGUGAAUGUGCCCUACAUGCACGCGGGACUCGGACACCCGGCUAGCGGCACGUGCACGGGGAUGACCCCUAGCGCGAGCCCGACCUCCGCUCACGCCUUGACCGCUUCCUACCCGAACCUGAACUCGAGCGCGUGCGGCCAGGUCACCGGCAGGCCCCGUGAUCCCAAAGCAUACAGACGGAGCUACACGCACGCUAAGCCUCCCUACUCAUACAUCUCACUGAUCACCAUGGCCAUCCAGCAGUCCUCAUCCAAGAUGCUGACGCUGAACGAAAUCUACCAGUGGAUCAUGGACCUGUUCCCAUUUUACCGGCAGAACCAGCAGCGCUGGCAGAACUCGGUCCGCCACUCGCUCUCCUUCAACGACUGUUUCCUCAAGGUGCCCAGAUCACCUGACAAACCGGGUAAAGGCUCUUUCUGGACUCUCCAUCCCGAGUCGGGAAACAUGUUCGAAAACGGAUGCUAUCUGCGGAGACAGAAACGCUUUAAAUGCGAAAAGUCUGCCGAAAAACCUGCGGAAUCGGACGCCGGUAAGAAAACGCACAGCGACAAAGAAUCGCCUGGACUUGAUAACUCUCCGACUAAAGACGUGAAAAGUUCCGAUGUGAAAGAUGUCAUAAAAGCAACGCAGGCUUUGAGUCCAGAACAUCAGACUCAUCAUCAGGACCAUCAUCUGGAUGAACAUCGUCAUCAUCAUCCUCCUCCUCCUCUUCCUCAUCAUCAUCAUCAUCAUCAUCAUCAUCCUCAUCCUCAUCUUCUCUCUCAGCAUCACCCGGUGCUCGUGCACGACUCGCACCUGAAACCGGGACACCACUCCUACUCCUUCGACCACCCGUUCUCUAUCCACAACCUGAUGUCCUCUGAGCAGCAGCAGCACAAAAUGGACAUGCUGAAGCCCUAUGAGCACGCCAUGCACUGUUCCGGCGGAUACGGAUCACCAAUGACUGGGCCGCCGAUGCCACCGAUGAUGUCAGCUCGAGCCAGUGUGGAGCCCUCAGCUCUUCCCUCGGAGUAUUCUUACUAUCCGGUAUCCGCGUGCACCAACAGGGCGUAAAAUAAUAUUUCAAAUGGUUACAAUGUACAGAUCUGCAUGAACGCAUCUUAUCUUCUUCCUCCAGUGGACUUUCUCAAGCUGUUGGACAGGAUUUAUGAUGGAUCACAGCCCAUAUACAAAACUUCCACGAGUCUUUUUUUUUUUCCAUGAGAGAGAAGGACACACGCACACAAAAAACAACAAAUAAAAGUUUUUUUGUAGUCAUUUACUUUAUGUUCUGUUUAUACUGUAAUUUAUAAUUUUUAAAAAUUGAUUGUGUAUAUGAAUGUAUCGUAGUUAAAAUGUCAUUAUUAAAUUUUGCACUGAAGUAUGA